AUGGGUGCUGUUUUCAGAGCUGAUAAGCAGUUACUCAAAUUUCAGACUAAUUACUAUCGAGAGGAACAGAAGAGAAGAGAAAAGAUUUUGGAUGAGGCUGCAGAAAGAGGCUUGUUUCUGGAAGACGAGAAUUUGAACUCUUCUCGAUCAACCACAUGA